UCAGAAAAUUAAGUUUUUUGUCAGUCGAUGGUGGAUUUUGGUUUGGCAGACACGUAAAAAACUUGGGUCUAAAAUGUCUUACCCCUCGAGUUUAUCGGCCAAACAGGCCACCAGGGAACACGUCCUCGCAGUGUCCAGAGAUUUCGUAUCGCAGCCCAGAUUGACCUACAAGACGGUGUCCGGUGUGAAUGGACCCUUGGUCAUUCUCGAAGAUGUGAAAUUUCCCAAAUUCAACGAAAUCGUCGAACUGAAAUUGGCCGAUGGAAGUCUUAGGUCCGGUCAAGUUCUGGAAGUCAGCGGUUCCAAGGCUGUCGUUCAAGUAUUCGAAGGAACAUCAGGCAUUGACGCUAAAAACACACUAUGUGAGUUCACCGGAGAUAUUUUGAGAACCCCUGUAUCAGAAGACAUGUUGGGAAGAGUUUUUAACGGCUCAGGAAAGCCUAUCGACAAAGGACCUCCAAUUUUGGCUGAGGACUUCUUGGACAUUCAGGGACAACCCAUUAACCCUUGGUCGCGUAUUUACCCAGAAGAAAUGAUCCAAACCGGUAUCUCUGCUAUUGAUGUCAUGAAUUCUAUUGCCCGUGGUCAGAAAAUCCCCAUUUUCUCCGCUGCUGGUUUACCUCACAACGAAAUUGCUGCCCAGAUCUGUAGACAGGCUGGUCUAGUAAAAGUACCUGGAAAAUCAGUACUAGACGACCAUGAAGACAACUUUGCUAUUGUGUUUGCUGCUAUGGGUGUCAACAUGGAAACCGCCAGAUUCUUCAAGCAAGAUUUCGAAGAGAAUGGUUCUAUGGAGAAUGUAUGCUUGUUCUUGAACUUGGCCAACGAUCCAACUAUUGAAAGAAUUAUUACACCGCGUUUGGCUUUGACAGCUGCUGAAUUUUUGGCCUAUCAAUGCGAGAAGCACGUACUGGUUAUAUUAACUGACAUGUCUUCCUAUGCUGAAGCUUUGCGUGAAGUAUCCGCCGCCAGAGAGGAGGUACCCGGACGUCGUGGUUUCCCCGGUUACAUGUACACCGAUUUGGCCACCAUCUACGAGCGUGCUGGCCGUGUCGAGGGCAGGAACGGUUCCAUCACCCAGAUUCCCAUCCUGACUAUGCCUAACGACGAUAUUACCCAUCCUAUUCCCGAUUUGACCGGGUAUAUUACCGAAGGUCAAAUCUACGUCGACCGUCAGCUGCACAACAGACAAAUCUACCCACCUGUCAACGUGCUGCCAUCUCUGUCCCGUCUGAUGAAGUCCGCUAUCGGGGAGGGCAUGACCAGGAAAGACCAUUCUGACGUUUCUAACCAGUUGUACGCUUGCUACGCCAUUGGUAAGGACGUGCAAGCCAUGAAGGCCGUAGUGGGUGAGGAGGCUUUGACUCCCGACGAUCUUCUCUACCUGGAGUUCCUGACGAAGUUCGAGAAGAACUUCAUCUCGCAGGGCAACUACGAAAACAGGACAGUCUUCGAGUCGCUGGACAUCGGUUGGCAAUUGCUCCGUAUCUUCCCCAAAGAGAUGUUGAAACGUAUACCAGCGGCAACACUGGCGGAGUUCUAUCCCAGGGACUCGCGCCACUAAACGUCAUUCUCAUGUUAUUUUCCUUAUAGUUGUUAAGGUAGUUCCACACAAAAACCAUCCUUUACCGCAGAUAAAUAAAGUAAAA